AAUGACCCUCGCCAUGCCAAGGAUCGUCCACGAUCGAAGCAUGUACUGCCCGGGUACGAACCGUGGGUGCUCGUCAAGACCAAAUACGGCCGCCGCUUCGUCCACAACGUAGAGACCAAGGAGAGCUUCUGGCACAUCCCCCGCCAAGUCUUACCCGGCGUCCAGGAGUACGAGCUAUGGGAGCAACAGCAAAAGGAGAAGGAGGCAAAUGCGAAGUGGGCGGAGGAGCAGUUGAAGGAGAUGCGCGACACCAGGAGUGCUGGCGAGCCAGCCCGUGCCGCGAAUGCACCUUCGACAAAUCCCACCACCGGUUACAACAGCGAUAGCUCAUAUGAAGAGGUCGAGGUCACCGAUUCAGAAUUCGAAGAAGAGGAAGGAGAGAAUAACGGCAACGACCAGAGGGGGCACGCAGAUGAUGCUGCCCCGCCGGACGAUGGUCCUCUCGAAUUCGAUGAGGAUGACAUAGCAUACCAACUCGCCGCCAUGGAAGAGGACUUUGCGGAUGAGGCAGAGGAGGGCGAGGAUAACGAGGGCGCAGGAGAAAGUGACGACGACCAAGAGCUGACGCUAGAGGAUGCGAUCAACCUCUUCCGAGACAUGCUUGAUGAUCAUCGCAUUAGUCCUUUCACACCGUGGGAUAAACUGCUAGCCGAUGAAUCCGACACGGGCAUCAUUCUCGACGAUCGCUAUACCGCUCUGCCGAACAUGCGAGCGAGGAAAGAGGCUUGGGAAGGCUGGGUCAGAGACACUGCCGCAAAAGUGAGGGAAGAGCGGGCGCGCAUGGAGAAGUCCGAUCCUCGAAUCCCCUAUCUGGCUUUCCUGGCGGGAAAGGCGACGCCGAAGCUAUACUGGCCCGAGUUCAAACGAAAAUACAAGAAGGAAAGCGAGAUGACUGAUCGCAAGCUCGGGGACAAGGAGCGAGAAAAGCUGUAUCGCGAUCACAUUAACCGGCUCAAGCUCCCUCAGAGCACAAGGAAAGCAGAUUUGAUCACGUUGCUCAAAGAGGUACCUCUGCAAUCACUGCAUCGUGAGGUCGACAUUACUGCUCUGCCGCAGCAGGUCCUAAGCCAUCUCCAUUUCAUCUCACUGCCGGCCUCGGAACGGGAUGAACUUGUUCUAAAACACAUUUCGACUCUGCCCCCUGCACCCGAUGGGAGUGAGGCUGUUGAUGAGGCAAGACGUGCGGAAGAAGACAAGAAGCGGGAAGAGCGACGGAGGCGUGAAAAGGCAUUGGCGGACCGCGAGCACAAGGUGGAAGAAGAUCGUCGCCGGGCAGAAAAGGAAGAGAGGUGGGCGAAGCGGGACUUGCGUGAAGAAGAACGCGAACUUCGGCGAGCCAUGGAUGUUGGUCGAAAUGGCAUCAAGACACAUCUC